CUCUAUUGCAAGCACACCAAAUGGAUUUUCUUUCGAAAGCGAUAUUCCUCUUCCUGUUCGUAUAUCUUCACCUAACCAGCGGAUAUGUUCGUGAUCGUCACGAGAUUACCAGACGAGAUGUAAACCUUACCGUUGUGGAUGAGAAGUUAGGCGGAGCAUUAAGUGCCAUUUUCGGACCGAUUGCGGAUUUAGCUGACAACGCCGAUUUCGAAAUACCCGUAAUAUCACACUUUCGUACCAAAAAAAAUUAAUAAUUAGAAUGCUUUGCCUCUAAAAUGUGUAAGUAAGAACAAGUAUAACUUUAAAAUUAGUGAUUAAAGAAUUUAAAGAAAGUUUAACACAAAUGCAAGUUCAA